GAUAGCUGAGGCUAUUGUGUCUUUUUCCAAAGAUGCCGUCUAUCACCCCCGCGAAGCACGCGUAUGAGGAGCACCUCAUCGAGUGCCUGACCAAGUACAGCCACGUGCUGUUCGUUGGCAUGGACAACGUCCGCUCGCAGCAGGUGCACGAGGUGCGCCGUGCGCUGCGCGGCAAGGCCGAGUUCGUGAUGGGCAAGAAGACGCUGCAGGCGAAGAUCGUGCACAAGCGCGCGCACGGCAAGCACGCCAGCCCCGAGGCGAAGCACUUCGCCGAGCUGUGCGAGCAGCACGACCUGCUGAGCGGCAACACCGGCUUGGUCUUCACGAACAACGACGUGCAGGAGAUCACCGCCGUGCUGGAUGCGCACCGUGUGAAGGCCCCCGCCCGUGUCGGCGCCAUCGCCCCGUGCGACGUGGUGGUGCCCGCCGGCAACACCGGUAUGGAGCCCACGCAGACGUCCUUCUUCCAGGCCCUGAACAUCGCGACGAAGAUCGCCAAGGGUAUGGUGGAGAUCGUGACGGAGAAGAAGGUGCUGAGCACUGGCGACAAGGUCGACAACUCGACUGCGACGCUGCUGCAGAAGCUUAACAUCAGCCCGUUCUACUACCAAGUGGAGGUGCUGACCGUCUUCGACCGCGGCGUGCUGUUCACUCGCGAUGACCUGAAGAUCACGGAAGACUCGAUCGAGCAGAUGCUGAUUGAGGGUCUGAGCAACGUCUCCGCGAUGUCGCUCGGCGCUGGCAUCCCGACGCCGGCGACGAUCGGCCACAUGGUUGUGGACGCCUUCAAGAACCUGCUGGCGAUCUCCGUGGCGACCUCGUACGAGUUCGAGGAGCACAACGGCAAGGAACUGCGCGAGGCCGCGAUCAACGGCACGCUGGCCGGUGCUGGUGGCGCUGCCGAGGAGGCCGCCGCCGCCCCCGCCGCUGCCGCCGGUGGUGCCGCCGCCAAGAAGGAGGAGACCGAGGAGGACGAGGAGGAGGACUUCGGCAUGGGCGGUCUCUUGUUAUCCAAAAGGAACUGUGCAGUGUAA